AAAUAAUUCAUUCUGUGUGGUUCCUAGAUUCGUUCUUUCAUUACUCUGUUCUCAUUCGUUCGAGUUUUAAGUGAUCAGUCGCUAUCAUUUUUAUACGACACAAAGAAUCACGGUUUAUAUGUACUUUAAAAUAUUCAUAGAAGUAUCAAUCAAAAAUCUAUAAGGUUUUUAUGGUUAAAUAAGAUGGUGUUUUAUUUCUUGUCCUUAUUAUUGUUUGUACUAAGUACUAAUGCAUUGUUGACAUUAUCACCAAACAUAAUACCAUCUUUGCCGAACACUAUUUUAAAUUCAAGUAAUCCAAAAUGUCAAAAAGACAGUAUAAGACUGCUAGAAAAUCUAAAAACCUCUACACUAUGGGCUCAACAAAUGUGGGAUGCAUCAGCAAAACAAGCAGUCGGCUUAUUGACUGGAAACAUAUAUCAGUUAGGAGACUUUGACGAAUGUUUACAAGUAACCAAGCCAAUUCAAGCUCAAUAUUGUCUGAUAGAUAUCAAAAUAAACGUUCCACGAGAAUAUUCCCUAACGGAUCCUAAUACUAGAGAUUAUAAUCCAAUGCUUCCAUCAUGGCAUAAAAUUUAUUAUGGCGGAGCAAGGUUCAAGCAACGUUUAGAUAUCAUUAAAUGGGCGCUAUGCGUUCCACAAUCAUGUUCUUCAUUUGAAAUUCAAACUUAUCUCCAAUCAUACAUAAAAGAAAAUAACAUAACUUCUAUUGAAAAUAUAUCAGUAAACGAUAAGAUGUGUACACAGACAGAACGUGCAGGAGAUAAGUACGACGCUUACGACUGGACUUAUUUGUUUGUCAUUUUAGUACUGCUAUUACUAGUUACGUUUGCAACUCUUUUUGAUUUUACUGCAUAUUCAAAACAAGAAAUAUGGCAAUGGAAUAAAGAAAACCGUAAAGUUGAUGUGUUAAUGUGUUUUUCCGCGCGACGUGCUAUACAAAGUUUAACGCAAAGAAAUUACAUAUUAAGAGACAUAGAUUUUUCACCUUUAAGUGGUAUUACGACCAUAUCUGCAGUAUUAAUUAUUGUUGGCCAUAGAUGGAUGUACCGUUUAAUGGGACCUUUACAAAAUUACGAAGUCAACGAGCAGGUGUAUUAUAAUUAUUAUAUAUCAAUUUUUACAUCACACAUGGAUUUAUUGGUAGAUAUUUUUUUUGUCAUUAGUGGAGCAUUGUUGGUUUUGAUUCUUCUUGAUCGCCUAGAGACUUCAUUUGUACAUCCUUUAAAAAUAAUAAUAUUUAAAUAUUUCAGAUUUACGCCAGUGUACGCUAUGGUGAUAUUUUUUUUUGCAACUUUUCAAUACAAAUUGGGCAGUGGACCUUUAUGGGAAAAUUUUAUUGGUACAGAUAAAGAUAAUUGUAGGAAUGUGUGGUGGCUGUAUUUGUUAUAUUUAAACAACUACAUUAAACCAGAUACAUUAUGUGAAAUUCAUACUUGGUUCAUGCCUUGUGAAUUUCAUUUUACAAUAAUGGGAAUUAUAUUGACGUAUAUCAUUCAUAGAAGUCCGAAAUUUGGAUUCAAUAUUUUGGUUUCACUUAUUGUUAUAUCAACAGCUAUACUUUUCAACAUUACUUAUAUGAACCACAUACCUGCAAAUCUUGAGUUCAAUGUAGAUUUUGUGAAAAAUGUUACUAGCAAUAUAUACUUCAUGUCAGUUUAUGUAAAAUCGCAUACAAGAGUGGGUCCAUACAUCGUAGGAGCUAUAUUUGGUUAUUUGCUAUAUAAAAGAAAAAAAAAUUCCCCUAAGCUUAGUAUAAUGAAAAGUAAUGUUUUACAAGCCAUUUCUGUAUUCAUAAUGAUGUUUUGUUGGUUUAGUGGUGCUAUAAUUUAUCACCCUUCUUACGUUUAUGAACCAUUUCUAGCUGCACUUUAUGGAUCUACAAUACGAAGUCUUUGGGCAACGGGAACGGCUACUUUAAUUUACACAUUAAUAUUAGGAUCAUCGAAUUUCCUAAAAAAUUUUUUUUCAUGGAAAGUAUUCAAAGUUGUAGCACUUUUAAAUUUCAACGCUUAUAUGGUGAAUUCAAUAUUUCCUGUUUCUGAUAUUGCCAGUAGAAGAACACCUGAUCAUUUUACUAUCAAAACAUUUAUUACUAAUUCUGUAUCGGAUGUAGUAAUGAGUUAUGCAGCAAGUUUGUUUCUCUAUAUUUUAGUAGAAAGACCGUUCAAACUUUUAAUUAACCAGAUAUUUAUUUCAAAACCAAAAGUAAUUCAAAGGUAUCGUCUUAACAUGAGGAAAAUGAAUUAUAUUCAUCCUUUUGGCGUAACACACAACAAAACACUAAAGGGAGGGGGAGCGAGGUGUAUAGUGUGUACGAAGAUGAUGAUGAGUCUACUCAUCUUGGUACACGCACGUGUAUCAUACAGCAGUUACUGUGCUCGGCUGACACUCCGGAUUAGAUGUGGGUGUCGAAAGGCCGUUGUUAUAGGAAGAUAACAAGGGUAACACCUAGGUAUGAGGUGUAGACGAAGUGCAAGAGACUAAUAUUUCGGGUAUAGGAGAGGAUAAAGAACAAGGGUAGUCGAGUAUGAGGUGCAGACGAAGUACAAGACACAAGUACUCUGAAAUGCCGAGGACGAGAGUAGAUAGAGAAAAAUGGAAAAACAAAGGCUUGACUUUAUGCAGUAAGCCUGACAGCGACAACCGAGUACGGAGACUGAUGAAUGACACAAAGCACAGGAAUGGACUUGGGUUUAAAAAGUAAUUCAGACGACUGACAAUUUUGCUGUAAAUAUUAAUCGUCAAUUCAACAGUCUCUAGAAGCGAAUGUGCUGUCUGUAUUUUAUUAUAAAAAUGUUUACAAUAAUGGUAACGUGACACCAUCACACUUUAUAUGAAAAAAAUUUAUUUACGUUUUUUUUUAGCUUCAAUGCGAAGCUGAGAAGGUAUUGGUUUUACCAUGAUGUGUUUUUUUUUUGUGUCAGUUACCAUUUUUUCGUGUCAAAUAAUCACAAAUCGUAUCUAGACAAAGACAUUACCCUUAAAAAUUAAAAAAUUUUCCCUCGUUCCCCACAAAUGGGGGAAAUCUCCAAAAAAAUUACAAUUUUAGAAAUCGCUAAUUUUCGAAAUUUUUUUUAUUUAAAAUUGCCAUAACUUUUUAAAAAAUAACCAAAUUAAUAUAAUUUUAUUUUGUAGAUGCAUGAUGUCUUUACCUAUCAUUUGGUAUAUUUUUUUAUAAAUCUGACCCUUUAGAUGCCUACAGGGGGGGAUUAAAAAUGUCAACUUUUUCAAUUUAAUUUUUGAAGAUGUUUCGGAAGGUCUGACAUUUUUAUAUAUAUCUUAAUAUAAAGCUAAUGUAAUAUACUUUAAUUUGAAAAAAAAAAUUUGACCUCUGGACUUGUCUUCGUGGUGAAAAUGGCUAACGAAUGCUAUUUUUGUGUGAAAAUUAUCGAUUUUAUAUUUUACAUUUUUUAAUUUAAAAUGCUAUAACAUUUAAAAAAAUGUAUGGAGCAACACAAUUUUUUCAUGAGAAGUAGUAUUUAUAAACAUCUUUUAUUUGACAUACAUUUUUUAAAUCAGACCAUUUCCCUAUAUACGGGGGGCUUCAAAUCUAAAAAAUGCAUAUAGAAAGUAGAACUUUUUCAACUUAACUUUUGAAAGUGUUCCGUAAGGUCUGACACUUUUAUAUAUAUCUUAAAUUAAAGCUAAU